AUGUACGGAGGAUUUGGCGGCUAUGGUGGUUAUGGCGGUUAUGGCGGUUAUGGAGGCUAUAACUCUGAAAUGCGAUCGGAUAUGUGGAUUCAAACUCAUAUACCCGGCGGAUUGAACAGCAAUCUCGGUGAACGAUUGGACAACUACUUAGGUGGUAAUCCGAACCCUACCUUUGGCCAAAUAUAUGGUGGCGCACCGGGUGUCGGUGGAUACGGUUCUGGAUAUGGCUAUUCCUAUUGGUAA